AUGAAGAAGGUUUUUGGUCAAACUGUCCGCGACAUUAAGAGAGAGGUGAAUAAAAAGGUUCUGAAAGUCCCUCCUGUAGAAAGGAAGGUCCUUGAUGCCACUAGCAAUGAGCCCUGGGGACCUCAUGGAUCUCUUCUUGCUGAUAUUGCUCAGGCAUCAAGAAAUUAUCACGAGUAUCUGAUGAUUAUGGCGGUAAUCUGGAAGCGUAUCAAUGACACUGGAAAAAAUUGGCGUCAUGUCUACAAGGCUUUGACUGUUUUGGAGUACUUGGUAGCUCAUGGAUCAGAGCGUGCCAUAGAUGAGAUCAGGGAACAUACUUACCAAAUAUCGGCAUUGUUCGAUUUUCAAUAUAUUGAUUCCAGUGGGAGGGAUCAAGGAAGCAACGUCAGAAGGAAAUCUCAAAGUCUUGUUGCCCUUGUAAAUGACAAGGAACAAAUACAAGAAGUUCGUGAGAAGGCUGCUGCUAACAUGGACAAGUAUAGCAACACGUCAACUGGUGAUGGUAUGUAUCGGCCUGGUUCUCAGUCAAAUGCAGGAGGAUAUGGUGACAAAUAUGAUGAGGAUCGUUAUGGAAGCAGAGAUGAUGGGCAAAAUGACUAUGGAAGAGAAAGAGAACGGGGAAGCAGGAAUGAUGGCAGAUAUGGUAGGUAUGGUGAUUCAUAUGGCCAUGACGGAGACAGGUAUAGUAGAGAUAACGAGGAGCGGUAUGGCCAGGAUGGCAACAGGGAUGAUGACUACCGUGGAAGAAGUCAAAACAGUGAUUAUCAGAAUGUUUCACAAUCUAGAAGCACUGAUAGGAAUGGGAACCGUGCUUAUGAAGAUGAUGGACAGAUUUCUUCCAGAGGUAGUAAUGCCAAAGGCGAUGACCAUUCUCAAGAUGGAAGUAUGGCCAGCAGGCACCUUGACCGUAAAUAUUCUGAUCAAAGCCUUGGUGCUCCUCCUAGUUAUGAAGAGAUUGCUGGUACUGCACACAGUUCCACUCUUAGUGAAAGGGAUGGAGAUCUAUCAGCUGUUCCUAAAGCAUCCUCUCCUCCUGCAAGUGCUAGUCCAAGCCAUGUAACAACAGAUGCUUCAAACCCGGCUCCUACUUUACCACCAGCUCCAUCUCCAGCUCCUGAUAAUAAUGAGGAAGUAGAUGGCUUUGGUGAAUUUGAUCCUCGCGGUUCAUUUUCAGCUAUACCAGCCAUAUCAAAUGGUAUCCUUCCAACUACUUCUGGUGGUGCGGAAAUGGAUUUACUUGGCUCUUUUUCUGAGCCAUCUUCUUCAAACUCAUUAGCUCUUGUGUCUGCUGCACCGGGAACGGCGGCCAAGGAGGCUAAUGCCUCACUGAACUCCAGCUCUAUUCCCACAUUUACACCCACAUCAUCACCAUUCACAGUCUCUAAUCAGUCAUUUGAUGAUCCAUUUGGGGAUGGCCCUUUUAAAGCUAUUCCUUCUACGGAAAGUGUACCAGCGCAACAACAGAUUCCUACCUCUACACAUUCUUUUGGCCAGAACCCCUAUCAAAGUUAUGAUUUGCCUCAGCCAGUUAAUAAAAAUGCAGAAAAUGAUUUUGGGGGCAGUUUUCAUGGUACAACUUACUCAUCAUCUGGUCCUUCUGGUGCCCUACUUCCUUCUACAGAAAUCCCACAGUUUCAGCAGCAGGAGCUAUCAAAUAAUGACGAAGAUAUUGAUAUAUUAGCAGAUAUUCUCCCACCCUCUGGAGCUUCAUUUCAUUCCCAUUCACAAAUUGAUUAUCCUGUUCCAACUAACCAACCCUUGUCACAGAUAGGGUUAGCACAUCAGACUAAUAAACAUGAAUCACAGUCAGGUCUGCUGACCGUACAGAGCCAAACUGCACCACAGACAGGUUUCCAUGCUCAAAAUAGCGAGCUUACAUCAUUGACAGCUUUUCCUGGUCAACCUGGCCAGUCUCCUUUGCAUACAAGUUAUCUACCCUCUGCAGCUUCACCUCAUGUCAAUUCGCAAGCUGAUUAUCCUGUUCCAGCUAACCAACACGUGUCACAGGCAGGGUUUCCACCUCAUACUAAUCAACCCGAAUCACAGUUGGGUCCGCUGUCCCUGCAGAAUCAAACUGCAACACAGACAGGUUUUCACACUCAAAAUAGUGAGCUUGCAUCAUUGACAGCUUUUCCUGGUCCACUGGGCCAACCUCCUUUACAGACAAGCUAUCCACUUCACCAAGGCCAAUCUGUUUCUCAGACCAAUUUUCUGGCUCAAACGAAUCAGUCUACUGCCUUGACAUUUCCAUCUCAAGCUAGUCAAACAUCACAGAUGGCUUUUCCAACUCACAGUAGUCAAGCUGCAGGUUUUCCAUCUCAAAUGAGUUCUUCACGGGCUGGUAUUCAUGCUCCGUUCAGAGGUCAGUCUUCACAGCCGAAUGCCAACUUUUAUGCAGGUUACGACCUGCAGACUGGAUCUACUGGCGCAGCAGCUUUUCACGUUGUUCCUCAAGUUUCUACUGGACCUGUUCCCCAAAAUAAUUUUCUUCCACAGUCAGGUUACAAUGCUCCAGUGGCUUCACAAAUGAGUUUUCAAGCUCCACAAGUGAGGCCAAACAGUCCCAUUGCUUCACAAUCACCUUCACCAGCCUCAACUGGUUCUGCUACCAUAGUUCCUCAACCAUCAAAAGACAAGUUUGAGACAAAAUCUACUGUUUGGGCUGAUACUCUAAGCCGCGGACUGGUCAAUUUAAAUAUUUCCGGACCUAAAACAAAUCCAUUGGCUGACAUUGGAGUUGAUUUUGAUGCCAUAAAUCGCAAGGAGAAGAGAAUGGAGAAACCUACAGCUUCUACAGUAACAUCCAACGUUACCAUGGGUAAAGCCAUGGGAUCUGGUUCGGGUAUUGGCCGUGCUGGUGCAGGUGCUCUCAGGCCUCCACCAAAUGCAAUUAUGGGUUCUGGCAUGGGCAUGGGCAUGACCAGUGAUCCUGGAUCAGGAUUUGGCAUGGGAGGCUAUUCAGGAAACCAACCCAUUGGGAUGGGAAUGAAUAGACCUGGAAACAUGGGUAUGGGCAUGGGCAUAAACAUGAACAUGAACAUGAAUAUGGUUCAAGGAUAUAACAUGCAACAGCAGCCAGGAUUUCCUCCUGGAUCAACAAUGCCUGGAGGUUAUAACCCCAUGAUGGGAACAGGUAAUUAUGGUCAACAACCAUAUGGUGGUGGCUACCGUUGA